UAACGAUCAGAUUAAUCAUGAUGACACCAGAGAAUACAAACUUCGUGGAUCAGUACAGAGAGCCCGAAGAGGUGAUACAGGUGCGCAAUGACAGGGAAAAGAAGGGAUUAUCUUGGUUCAAGAAAUUCUGGUAUAAUUUCGUUGAAUUGGCGAAAACCCACCUCUUCAUUGGACUCGCGUUCUUCGUGAUCAUCGCGGUGGUAGUGCCUGUGCUAGUUUAUUACUACAGCAAUGAUUACUUGGGUGAGGUGGAUCCGAAACCAAUUUGCGUUCAAUCAAAGAAGUUCCGUGUUCCCUGCGGCAAUUACACGUACACUGAGUGCAUUGCAAACCUGUGCUGUUACGACGACGAUGAUCUCUUCUGCUUCCACUCGUUACCAUCGGCUUACAACUAUAAGAGAUUGGAUAAAUCGGAGAAGUUUGAAAGAACGCAGUACGCGACGCCAUACAAGAAUCCGAUGUACAGGGAGAUGAAAGUAUCUUACAUAGAGAACAACGAGAAUUUUCUGACUGUUGCAAUGCACGGUCUAGAUGUUGAAGUGACCGAAACCGUUGUCCCUGAUAAAAAUUACGAAGUGCAGCCUAUAAAUAAUAGUUUGGUGGCGGAGGUGCGUCGGGACACCGGUCAACUGAUCCUAACUACUUCGCUGGGCCCAAUGAUAGCAUCCGAUCAUUACUGGAUUUGGACGGUUCACUUAUCCGAUAAUCACCUCUUCGGCUUCGGAGAACUGCUUCUAAAUCACACGGAGAUCGUUACAAAGGUGAUUUAUCGCAACAGGAACGACCACAACACGCUUCCGGUAUUCCUGGCGGAGGAGAAGGGACUCUUUCACGGCCUGUCCAUCCGAAACCGCGGCCCUCUGGAAGUUUCCGUCCUGCCCUCGAACCUGAUCGUAAUCAAAAGUUUGGUGGGCGAACGGAUCGAUCUGGAUCUGUUCCUCGGGCCUACAGCGAAGGACGUUAUGCAACAAAUGCGCAAACCUAAACCGAAACUGAAGGAAUGGUUCUUAAAACCACACUUCUGCAGUAAUGGAAAAUCAGAUAUCACAGAAAUAAUUAACAAACCUACAGAACAUUUAGUAAAAACAAGCAUGUUUGUUUCUGAUUGUUUGCACGAAGAUCUAUUGAUGCGCGCUUACAGUGAUAAUUCGAAUAUCAAAAAAGCAUUGGAAGAAAUAUCACAAUCGAAACAUCUUAUUUUGUCGUUACCACCUCAGGUACCUAAAAAAUCAACUUCUUACGAAGUUUUGCAAUCAUUAUUUUUUAAAUCGAACAUUCCCAAUUUUAAUUGGAUGGGAAAAUAUCAGAACGAAGACGUAUCGUUCGUAGAUUUUUCUUUGCAAGAGUCCAAAUUAUGGUUCGAAAAUGUAUUGAAGGUGCUUUCUGUAAAUAGUGAGAUAAUAUCAGGAUACGCUUUAACUCAAAAUUGGCCUGCUGAUGAUAAGUACAAAUUCCCGGCAAAUAGAGAAACGUUUCCGUAUCUAUCGGAUGAACUUGUUUUGGCCUUGACGAAAACUUUACCUUGGAAUAUAUUGAACAGUAAGAAAGAAAAACAUUACGUCGUUCAUAACGAUUAUGCUUUGGAUCAGCUGAAAUCUGCUGAUGAAAAGGACUUUGUUCUUCUCUCAUCACCUGACGAUGAGUCUCGUUCUUUGGGUUUCAUCGAGAACGUCCCGACCACUUGGGGUAGUUUCAAAGAGAUGAUGGUGAGGAACCUCUUCUACGGUUUCUUCGUAAACCCUUUGAUCUCCACUCCGGUUUGCGGUACGAACCAUACUUUCGAUGAUGACACGCUCUGCUUCCGAUGGUACAUGAUGUCGGCUACAAUGCCGAUCAUUCGAAGCUCAGACUUAUGGCCAAAUAAACUGGGUCACGGCAAAAUCAUCGCGGAAAAUGCUCUGAAAAUUAGGGAAUCUCUAAUACCGUACUUCUGGAUGUUUCUGGAUAACGACGAACCGUUGGCUCGACCGAUGUUCUACGAUUUCCCAGACGACAACGCCACGUUUCCUCUGGACGAGCAGUACAUGCUCGGAGAUAAACUUCUUGUCGGACAAAUCGUUCUACCGGACGUCUUCAUCAAAAACGUUUACCUACCAAUGGUCGAUGGAGGAUGGUUCGAGUUCUGGGGUGGAAUUAACUAUCCGGAUUCCGGUUGGAUCAACUUUCCUGUCGUCGAGUCCGACUGGAUCAUGUUCAUCAAAUCCGGAUCGAUUGUUCCGCUGAAGAGCGAGAACCCAAAACAAUUACCUGAAGAAUCUUAUUCAUUGGCUAUAGCAUACGACAUGACUGAUCCAAGUGCAAAUGCAACAGGAACGCUCAUCCUGGAUUCAAUAACGUUUUCAUUUGUAGCAGAUGAGAAUGGUCUGGCAAUUAGUAGGACGCAGGAAUGCAAUCAACCAGAUAUUAAAUAUAAAAUCGAUAAUUUACGCAUCUACGAUGGAGAAAGCAUAACGAAUUUUAAAAAAGAAAUAGAUUUGUGUGGAAAUUUAGAUGAAAUAGAUGAUAUUCAAAUAGUUCCAAUUUCGUAACAAAAUGAAUUUCUAUAAUAAAAUAAUAGUUGAUAAACGAUGAUUGUGGGUGAUUUAGAUGAAAC